AUGAACAUCAUGUCCCCUCCAAAACAGCCUAUCCUCUUCCUCACAAGCCCCGAGCAUGGGCAGUCUAACGUCGCACUUGCAGUGGCCGAAGAGUUUCUACGCCGUGGCGAGUUCGAAAUCCACAUCGCCUCCUUCAAGGAAUUAUCGACUCGGGUGCAAGCGAUAAAUGACAAACCCGGGUACGACCAAGUCAUUCACUUUCAUCCAAUUGCAGGUCCAUCCCUGUCUGAGAUCGUGACCCGUACAAUACCGGAUAUAUGUCAUCGGCCAGGGCUUGCCGGAACGCGUGACGCAUGUAACCUAAUCAAUAUAUCCGUGCUGGGAUGGAAGCCUGAAGAGUAUAUACUGUCAUACCGGAGCUGUCUCGAGAUUUUGAAAGAUGUUCGUCCGGUAGUCGUGGUUGCAGAUCCGCUGUUGCAUCUAGGACUAGAUGCCGCUCGCAGUAUUGAGUCGCGAAUUGCGAUGUUGUGGCCUGUGCCUUUGAAAGAUAUCGUGGUAACUGUCCAGCCGAAGGCUGGGAUUUUUUGGAAAUACCCCCUGUGA